AUGAUUGCCCAAAAUUUCGUUCUCGCGAUCCUCCCUCUCCUAUCUCUCGCUGGCGCACUGCCAAUCGUCCAAAUCAGCCCCCUCGGCCCGUUGUCAAGCAACGCUGCGUUGGAUGGCGCAACGUCGCAGGGCACGACGAACGAUCCGCCCGCCGACUCGGCUGGGGUCCAGCGACGCGACCAAUACGGAGGCGUUCGCAGCAAGCCCAAGCCGUUCUUUCCCAUCUUCUCCUCCUUCAAGUGGCCUAGGCUGCCCGGGCAGACCCGCUUUCCCGGCACGGGGCGUCGGUUGGGCAGCGCUUCGGAGGAGACUGCCAGCACCUGGCCUGACGCCUUGUCCUCUGAGGAAUCCACCAAGGGGCGAUCGCCCAAGGAAUCAGUCAAGGGCCAGCUCCAGGUCAACGGCCAGCGUCAGUCUCAUGUCGGCCCGCACUCUUUCAAAACUCAAUUUGGCAGCCCGAACAACUUUGAGAACGAGGGUUGA